AUGGAUACUCAAAAAGAAGAAACACAGGACAGGGCCAUCGUCAGAAUCGCAGCUCACCUACCAGACCUCAUUGUCUAUGGAGACUUCUGUCCGGAGCGGCCUUCCGUGGAUUAUUUUGACGGAGUCUUGAUGUUUGUUGAUAUUUCAGGUUUCACUGCAAUGACUGAGAAGUUCAGCACAGCCAUGUACAUGGACCGCGGGGCUGAGCAGCUGGUGGAGAUCCUCAACCACUACAUAAGUGCGAUAGUGGAGAAGGUGUUGAUUUUUGGAGGAGACAUCUUAAAAUUUGCAGGUGACGCUCUCCUAGCCCUGUGGAAGGUGGAACGGAAGCAACUGAAGAACAUCAUCACGGUGGUAGUGAAAUGCAGCCUGGAGAUCCACGAACUGUUCGGGACGCAGGAGUCGGACGGCCCGGAUAUCCGAGUCAAGAUAGGGCUGGCCGCCGGCCACAUCACCAUGCUGGUCUUCGGGGACGAAACCCGCAACUACUUCCUGGUGAUCGGCCAGACGGUGGACGACGUGCGGCAGGCGCAGAACCUGGCGCACAUGAACGAUGUCAUCCUGUCACCCAACUGCUGGCAGCUCUGCGACCGGAGCAUGAUUGAGAUCGAGAGGAUUCCAGACCAGAGAGCAGUGAAGGUUAAUUUCUUAAAACUACCCCCUUCUUUUAACUUUGAUGAAUUUUUCGCAAAGUGUAUGACUUUCAUGAAUUAUUAUCCUACUGGUGACCACAAAAACCUCCUGAGGCUUGCGUGCAUGCUGGAGUCCGACUCCGACCUGGAGUUUUCCCUACAAAAGUAUGUGAUGGGAAGCAUAUCAAAGCAGAUUGAUGACAAACAGCUUCGGGGUUACUUGUCUGAGCUCCGCCCAGUGACCAUUGUGUUUGUGAACCUGGCCUUUAAGGAUCAAGAGAAAGCCGAGAUCAUAGGCUCAGCCAUCCAGGACGCCUCUGUGCACAUCAAUGCUGUCAUGAGGGACUUCCGAGGCCAAAUCAAUAAAGUCUUCAUGUUUGACAAGGGCUGCUCCUUCCUCUGUGUCUUUGGUUUCCCCGGGGAAAAGGCACCUGAUGAGGUCACUCAUGCCUUGGAAAGUGCUGUGGAUAUAUUCGACUUCUGCUGUCAGGUCCAGAAAAUCCACACCGUCUCCAUCGGCGUGGCCAGCGGGACUGUCUUCUGUGGGAUCGUCGGACACUCUGUGAGACAUGAGUACACAGUCAUUGGCCAGAAAGUGAACAUAGCUGCCCGGAUGAUGAUGUACUACCCUGGAAUCGUGACCUGCGACUCCGUCACCUACAACGGCAGCAACCUACCGGCCUACUUUUUCAAAGAGCUUCCGAAGAAAGCCAUGAAAGGUGUUGCAGAUUCUGGACCAGUCUAUCAGUGUUUGGGCCUUAACGAGAAAGUCAUGUUUGGUAUGGCCUACCUCAUCUGCAACAGAAGUGAGGCUUACCCUUUGCUGGGGCGAGAAAAGGAGCUGAAAUACUUCAGGUGCACUAUGAGGGAAUUUCUGAUGUCCAACUGCAGCCGAGUCCUCAUGUAUGAAGGAUUGUCAGGCUACGGAAAAAGCCAGAUACUCAUGGAAAUUGAGUACCUGUCCCAAGGUGAGAACCACAGGACUAUUGCUAUUGCCUUGACUAAGAUCAGCUUCACUCAAGAUUUUUAUACCAUCCAGAUACUCAUGGCCAACGUCUUAGGUCUGGAUGCUUGUAAACACUACAAAGAACGACAGACCAACAUUCAAAAUAACGUCAAGACACUGUUGGAUGAAAAAUUCUACAGUAUCUUUAAUGACAUUUUCCAUGUCCAGUUCCCUACUUCACGAGAGGUUUCCAGGAUGAGCGCCUUGAAAAAGCAAAAGCAGUUGGAAGCAUUGUUUAUGAAGAUCUUGGAGAAAACGGUGAAACAGGAAAGAGUUAUUUUCAUCAUUGAUGAGUCCCAGUUUAUCGAUUCGGCCUCCUGGGCCUUUCUGGAGAAGCUUAUCCAGACCAUCCCUAUCUUCAUCAUCAUGUCCCUGUCCCCAUUCACCGAGCCGCCCUGUGCGGCUGCCAGCGCCAUCAUAAAGAACAGGAACACCACCUACGUCACCCUCGGCGCCGUGCAGCCCAGCGACAUCCGCAACAAGGUCUGCCUGGACCUGAACGUCAAGGGCAUCCCCAAAGAACUGGACUUGUACCUGGUGGAGGGAAGCUGCGGGAUCCCAUUUUACUGCGAAGAAUUGCUAAAAAACCUCGACCAGCACAGGGUGCUCAUCUUCCAGCAGACGGAGUCUGAGGAAAAGGCCAACGUGUCCUGGAAUAACCUGUUCAAGAACGUUGCUAAGCCAACAGAGCAGUUAAAACCAUUCACGCUAGGCAGUGAGGAGGGGAGUGAAGAAGUUUGCAAGCUCUCUAGCGGCAUCAGAUUGAAGAACCUGUCACCACCGGCGUCGCUGAAAGAAAUCUCUCUGGUCCAGCUGGACAGCAUGAGCCUCUCCCACCAGAUGCUGGUGAGGUGCGCGGCCAUCAUCGGGCUGACCUUCACCACCGAGCUGCUGUUCGAGGUUCUCCCGUGCUGGAACAUGAAGAUGAUGAUUAAGGCCCUGGCCACCCUGGUGGAGGCCAGCGUCUUUGACUGCUUCCGGAACGGCAAGGAGCUCCGGAUGGCGCUCAAGCAGAACGCCGCCUCCUUUGAGGUGAAUUACCGCUCCUUGUCUCUGAAGCCCAGCGAAGGACAGGCUUACAGGGAGGAGGAAGGGCUCCGGGAACUGGAGAGCGAGGUCAUCGAGUGCCACAUCAUUCGGUUCUGCAGACCGAUGAUGCAGAAGACAGCCUACGAGCUGUGGCUCAAGGACCAGAAGGUGUCCAUGCACUUGAAAUGCGCCCGCUUCUUAGAGGAAAAUGCCCAUAAGUGUGACCGGUGCAGGAGCGGGGACUUCAUUCCCUAUCACCACUUCACAGUGGACAUUCGGCUCAACUCUCUAGACAUGGACUCCAUCAGGCAGAUGGCCAAAUCCCAGGGAUUCAAAACUGAAGAAGAGAUCACCUUUGCCAAAAUAGAGAUUCCGAGGAAGUCUGAUAUAUUUUCAGAAAAUACCAGUUCUGAAGAAAUCAAAGAAAAGAUCUUGAGUUUCUUUGACAUCAUUAUAUCAAAGAUGAGCCCGUCUCAGGAAGACAUCAUCCCUUUGGAAUUGUGCCAGUGCGAGGAGAUCCUAGAGGUGGUGGUCAUGCCCCUGGCCUACCAUUUUCUGGCUUUGGGAGAAAACAACAAGGCCUUGUAUUACUUCCUAGAGACGGCGUCUGCUUAUCUCACCUUGGAGGACAAUUACAUGGCAUACACGUACUUGAAUGAGGGGGAGAGGCUGCUGAAAAUUCUCAAGCAAAAAAAGUCUGUGAGUCAGACUUUUGAGUCUGCCAUCUUCUAUAGCCUCAAAGGUCAGGUCUGUUUCAACAUGGGCCAGAUGGUACUUGCCAAGAAAAUGCUGAAGAAGGCACUGAAGCUCCUCGACCGGAUUUUCCCCGACACCUUCAUCUCUGUGUUUUUCUAUACGCAUGUUGAGAAAACCAGACAUUUUCAUUAUUUGAAUCAGCAGGCCCAGGAGCUCUCACCACCAGGGAAGAAGCGGCUGGCGGAGCUCCACCAGCAAGCCAACUGCUUCUCCUUGCUGUGGAAGAUCUACAGCUUGAACUGCUUUUUCCACUACAAGUACUUCGCCCACCUGGCAGCUCUGAUGGGCGUGAACACGGCCCUGGAAACGCAAGAUGACUUCCAGAUUAUCAAGGCCUACCUGGACUACUCACUGCACCACCAGCUGUCCGGCUACCAGGGCAUGUGGUUCAGCUACGAAGUCUUGGCCAUGGAGCAGAUCAUCAGCCUCCCCCUGAAAGGCAAGGGCAUUGAGAUCAUGGCGUAUGUGGCCGAUACCCUGGGCUACAACAAGUUCUUAAUGGGCUACUUGGACUUGGCCAUUGACUUAGGCUGUCGUGCCCAGAAGAUGUGGGCACUGCUCCAGAAUCCCUAUAAACAAUACAAGGUCCUCUGCUGGCUCAGUAGGUGUCUCAGCCUGAAAACCAGGCACAAGAAGCUGAUCCAGGCGCUGGGCUGGCUGUGGGACCUCUCCGUGGCCGAGCAGCACAUCAGCAGCAAGGCGUUCUUCUACUUCAUCUGCCUGGACAUCAUGCUUUAUUCUGGCUUCGUGUACAGGACAUUCAACGAGUGCUUGGAGUUCAUCCAGGAGAACGAAGACAACAGGAUCCUCAAGUUCCAGAGCGGGACCCUGCUGGGGCUCUACUCAUGCGUGGCGAUCUGGUAUGCCAGACUCCAGGAGUGGGACGACUUUCAGAUAUUUUUCAGUAAAUCUAAAAGUCUAGUGCCAAGAAGGACGCCCACAGCUCUUUACUUCCAAGGAAUCUGCAGGUAUAUGGAGGCCCAGGUUCUUCACCUUCAGAAGCAAAUCGAAGGGCAGCCGGAGAGUGCCCAGGACAGUGGCGUCGAGCUACUCAAGAACCUGGAGAGCCUGGUGACGCAGAACAGCACCAGCCCUGUCUUCUUCCCGAGGCUGUACCACCUCAUGGCCUACGUGUGCAUACUCAUGGGUGACGGGCAGAACUGCGACCUCUUCCUGAACACAGCCCUGCAUCUUUCGGAGACCCAGGGGAACAUGCUGGAGGUGUGCUGGCUGAGCCUGAACAGAGAAUGGUGGUACUCAAACUCCCAGCUGAGUGCGGACCAGUGGGUUCAGACCGUCCUGAACCUCCCAACAUGGGAAAAAAUUGUAUCCAGCAAGGUAAACUCCCAGGACAUUCAGAAAAACAAAUUCCUUAUGAGGGUGAAUAUCCUGGACAAUCCUUUCUAG